CGCCCAAGCAGCAAGCCGUGCGCCGACCCCCACGGCCCAGACCAGAGCAGAGGCGUCGCAACCGCAGCCGCGGCCGCGGCCAGUUGGGUUGGGUCGGAGCCAGGCAGCCAGCCGCCGAGCCGGGCGGGGGCAGGCGGGCCAGAGGAAGCCGCCCUUAUUAAUAAGCCGCCGUGCGCGUACCCUGCCGCAUCCACCACCCCAACUACCUCCUCCCCUCGCGAUCCAGCCCCCGCCUCCGCCCCGCCCGGAAACCGGCGUCCGCCGCGCCCCGGCCCCGACCGCCGCUGCGUCUCGUCAGGAGGAGGAAGAGGAGUAUAAUCCAGCGGGAUCACCGGGCCAGCAAGAUGUCAACUGCCACCGCCCCAAGAUUGUCCGUCCCCAAAUCCGGGGUGAGCUUCCAGACCGCCGCUCCGGCGGCCAGGGCCCCUUCCUUCGUCGGCUUCACGAGGCAGGCACCCCACGCGUCGGGGCUCCGGCUCUCCAGCAGGUUCGUGGCCUCCGCGGCGGCCGUGCACAUGGUGAAGCUGGUCGGGCCGGACGGGGUGGAGCACGAGUUCGAGGCCCCCGAGGACACCUACAUCCUCGAGGCCGCCGAGAACGCCGGCGUGGAGCUGCCCUUCUCCUGCCGCGCCGGGUCCUGCUCCACCUGCGCGGGCAAGAUGUCGGCCGGCGAGGUCGACCAGUCGGAGGGGUCGUUCCUCGACGACAACCAGAUGGCCGAGGGGUACCUCCUCACCUGCAUCUCCUACCCCAAGGCGGACUGCGUCAUCCACACCCACAAGGAAGAGGAGCUGUACUAGAGUGCUCGUGCGUUCGGUGCUUCAAUGGCGGCGCAGUCGCCGAGACCAUGCCAUACCAUGGUAGAGAUUGUUGUGGGGAAAGGGCUAGCUGUUGAUGUCUACUGAUGAACAUCUGUUUCAUGAGAUCUUGCCAUAUGUGCUGUGACAAUAAUUGUUGUAACGCGGUUCUGCAAUUCAAACUGCAAGUGUUUUUCGAGCAGCAAUGGCAAAAACUGCACAUUAUGAUGGAAGUUGCAAAAUUGGUGUUUGAAGUUAAAUUGCAGAUUUCUUUCAGAGUUGUGGCAAAA